GUGUCUCUCUGCAACACCACAAAGUGCAUACGACAGUUUUGCUGGCGGUUGCUGCUUCGUUCGUGUGUUUUUGUGUGUGUUGUGUGUUGUCUUGAACCCACCACCACACCAACCCUUCUUGCUUCUUGCUUGUCUCGUCUUCUCGCAUCGCAUCAGCUCUCAUCCAUGAGUGAAGGGGGUGGAAGCGCACGCCGAGUGCGCGAGGGCGUAUCUCGCUCGUACGCAACUGAAAACAAGGCACUGGACGCCCUCGGCGAAGAGGCGGAAGCACGGGCGAGGGAGAGGCGACGAAAGCGCGAGGAAGCGCGCGCCUUGCGACUCCAGCAGAAACUCAACGAGGCAGCACAGGAGCAACGCAGCAAAGAGGACUCAGAGUACAGGAAGGCUUUGGAGGACGCCAAGCAGAAGGCGAAGCAGCGCAGGGAAAAGUCCCAGCGUGAACAGCAGCGCUCGUCAGAGAAGAGUGUCACCGAGACGCUGGAGGAAGUGGAUGAUCUCUGCAAGACCGUGUUGGGUGGUCCAGAUCGCGACAACGAAAGCGUUUUGGCCCUGCACGAGCGCGUACGGCUGCUUGCGUCGCAUCUGCGCGACACGCUGCUGCACGUGAACAGAUUACAGAACCACAAGAUCACGGUGCAGUACGACCGGGAGAAGCUGCGCGACAGAAUCAACGACCUGGAGGAAGACCUUGCAGAGGCGCGCGUCAGCAUUCGCCAGCACAAGGACGCUGCCACGGCUGAGCGGGCGGCGACGUCGCGGCAGGCAACACGGAUUGCAGAGCUGAAGAGCGAGUUGGAGGAGGCCAUAAGCAACAACAUCAAGCAGGGCAAGCAAGAACACAGUGCACCUGAAGAUGGUGGUGGGUCAAGAAGGGGCAGUGCAACGCUGAGUGAUGGCGACAACAACGACGGUGUUGAUGGCGACAAAUUGCCUGCAAGCAACGGACCUUCGUCACACGACGCAGCGCACGCAGAGGAGACAGCGCGCCUUGAAGGCGUGAUUGCGGAGUUGCGAGACGAGGUGCAGACGCUGCAAGACGAGAACGAGGAGCUGAAGAAGGCGCUUGAGGGCGAACGCCAGCGUCGGUCAUCCGCAGACAAUGCGACGGAGGGCGAGGGCGACCUCGACUCGUCCCUGGACCUGACGACAACGGAUCCCGCCGCCGCCGCCAACCGCAUCCGCCACCUGGAGCGCCAGAACAAGCGCCUCAAGGCCGAGCUGAAGGAGCUGGAGUCUAUGGAGGAGGACCAGCGGAGCGAGAACAAGAAGUUAAAACGCCAGAUGCGCAAUUUGGAGGCCGACAAGGAGUCCUUGGAGGAGCUUAUCAAGGCAAAGGACGAGCAACUGAAGAAACUCAGGGAUCGUCGUCGUCAACACUUGGGGGCGCUUGCAACCGCAAGCAUUGAUGAGGUCUAAACGUCUUGUUCCGGACAGGUUGAUGUGUGUGUGUGUGUGUGUGUGUAUGUCGUG